CGAGCCAGCAUCCAGCUCUGCUGCACUGACUUCUCCAACCCCAGCUGAGAUGCAGCAGUGAGGACAAGAAGCGAGAGGCAGACACCCAGGAUCUCAUUCCUUCCUUGUUGCCUCGACUGUGAAUCCCUGGACCCUGGGAUUGCAGAGAAGGGACAAGGGGGAGAAACGGAUGUACCGUGGAGCCCCCCCCAUGCUAGCCUCCGGUGGGGGUCCAGCGGGAAGGGGGAGUGUGCAGCACUAAAGAUGUGUACAGCCAUAGCAGCCGCACCUGUAUGCUGAGGACCAUGGAGAGCCAGCACUUAUUAUGUAUUGAGGAGAUGCCCUUUGAAGCCCUAAUCGAUUAAUGUGACAGAAUCAGGUGGAUCAACAGCCAUCCCACUGCCCCCUUUGUUGGGGGCUGCUGAGAGUGGGGAAGCAUGGAGGACAGUAAGAAUGAGACAAUGAAUCGCGCUCACAUCCUCUUUGACCGGUUUGUGCAGGCCACCACCUGCAAGGGGACCCUCAAGGCCUUCCAAGAGCUCUGUGACCACCUAGAACUGAAGCCUAAGGACUACCGCUCCUUUUAUCACAAGCUCAAGUCCAAGCUUAACUACUGGAAAGCCAAAGCGCUGUGGGCAAAGUUGGACAAGCGGGGCAGCCACAAAGACUACAAAAAGGGAAAAGCAUGCACUAACACCAAGUGUCUCAUCAUUGGAGCUGGCCCCUGUGGUCUCCGUACAGCCAUUGACUUAUCCUUAUUGGGAGCUAAGGUGGUCGUUAUUGAGAAACGAGAUGCCUUCUCCCGCAACAAUGUCUUGCAUCUCUGGCCAUUCACCAUACAUGAUCUGCGAGGUCUGGGUGCCAAGAAGUUCUAUGGCAAGUUCUGUGCUGGAGCUAUUGACCAUAUCAGUAUCCGUCAGCUUCAACUAAUACUUUUGAAAGUAGCCCUGAUCCUAGGCAUUGAGAUCCAUGUCAGUGUGGAAUUCCAAGGUCUUGUACAGCCUCCUGAGGACCAAGAAAAUGAACGUAUAGGUUGGCGGGCACUGGUCCACCCCAAAACCCAUCCUGUGUCAGAAUAUGAAUUUGAAGUGAUCAUCGGAGGGGAUGGCCGUAGGAACACCUUGGAAGGAUUUCGCCGGAAAGAAUUUCGUGGCAAGCUGGCCAUUGCCAUUACAGCAAAUUUUAUUAACCGAAAUACAACAGCAGAAGCCAAAGUGGAAGAGAUCAGUGGUGUGGCUUUUAUAUUCAACCAAAAAUUUUUCCAGGAACUGAGGGAAGCCACAGGUAUUGACUUGGAGAAUAUUGUCUACUACAAAGACGACACACACUAUUUUGUUAUGACAGCCAAAAAGCAGAGUUUGCUAGACAAAGGGGUGAUACUGCACGACUAUGCCGACACAGAGCUCUUGCUUUCCCGGGAGAAUGUGGACCGAGAGGCUCUGCUGAACUAUGCCAGGGAGGCAGCAGACUUCUCCACUCAGCAGCAGCUGCCAUCUCUGGAUUUUGCCAUCAAUCACUAUGGGCAGCCUGAUGUGGCCAUGUUCGACUUCACUUGUAUGUACGCCUCCGAGAAUGCUGCCUUGGUGCGGGAGCAGAAUGGACACCAGUUGUUAGUGGCCCUGGUUGGGGACAGCCUCCUAGAGCCUUUUUGGCCAAUGGGAACAGGAAUAGCUCGAGGAUUUCUAGCUGCUAUGGACUCAGCCUGGAUGGUACGAAGUUGGUCUCUAGGAACAAGCCCCUUGGAGGUCCUGGCCGAGAGGGAAAGCAUUUAUAGAUUGCUGCCUCAGACCACCCCUGAGAAUGUGAGUAAAAACUUCAGCCAAUACAGCAUCGACCCUGUCACCAGAUAUCCCAAUAUUAAUGUCAACUUCCUCCGCCCGAGCCAGGUGCGCCAUUUAUACGAUACUGGGGAAACAAAAGAUAUUCAUCUGGAAAUGGAGAACCUGGUGAAUUCCCGAACUACCCCAAAGUUGAUUCGCAAUGAGUCUGUAGCUCGUUCAAGCAAACUGCUGGGUUGGUGCCAAAGGCAGACAGAUGGCUAUGCAGGGGUAAAUGUGACAGAUCUCACUAUGUCUUGGAAAAGUGGACUGGCCUUAUGUGCGAUCAUCCAUAGAUACCGCCCUGAUCUGAUAGAUUUUGAUUCUUUGGAUGAGCAAAAUGUGGAGAAGAAUAACCAGCUGGCCUUUGAUAUUGCCGAGAAGGAGCUGGGCAUUUCUCCCAUCAUGACAGGCAAAGAAAUGGCCUCGGUGGGGGAGCCUGACAAGCUUUCUAUGGUGAUGUACCUGACUCAGUUCUACGAGAUGUUCAAGGACUCAAUCCCCUCCAGUGAGGCCCUGGACCUGAAUGCUGAGGAGAAAGCAGUUCUUAUAGCCAGCACCAAAUCCCCCAUCUCCUUCCUCAGCAAACUUGGACAGACCAUCUCUCGGAAGCGUUCUCCCAAGGAUAAAAAAGAAAAGGACUUGGAUGGUGCUGGAAAGAGGAGAAAGACCAGUCAGUCGGAAGAGGAGGACGCGCCCCGGGGCUACAGAGGAGGAAGGCCCACACUGGUGAGCACUCUGACAGACAGGAGGAUGGAUGUGGCCCUUGGCAAUCAGAACAAAGUGAAGUACAUGGCAACCCAGCUGCUGGCCAAAUUUGAAGAGAAUGCACCCCCACAGUCCACUGGCAUGAGGAGACAGGGCUCGAUAAAGAAGGAGUUCCCACAGAACUUGGGAGGCAGCGACACAUGCUAUUUCUGCCGGAAGCGGGUCUAUGUAAUGGAAAGGCUGAGUGCUGAGGGCAAGUUCUUCCAUCGGAGCUGCUUCAAAUGCGAGUACUGCGCCACCACCCUGCGCCUCUCGGCCUACGCCUAUGACACGGAGGACGGUAAAUUCUACUGCAAACCACACUACUGUUAUCGACUCUCCGGCUCCGCACAGAGGAAGAGACCAGCAGUGGCUCCCCUCUCUGGAAAGGAGGCCAGAGAAGCCCUGCAGGAUGGCCCGACUGUGGACGCAAAUGGACGGGCCAGUGCCAUGGCCAGCCCUGCUGAGAGAACCCCAGGUUCAAGUAUGAAUGGUCUCGAAGAGCCUAGCAUUGCCAAGCGACUCAGGGGCACUCCUGAACGGAUCGAGCUGGAGAACUACCGCCUGUCUGUGAAACAGGCCGAGGAGCUGGAGGAGGUGCCCGAGGAGACGCAGGCUGAGCACAACCUGAGCAGUGUGCUGGACAAAGGCGCAGAGGAGGACGUGGCCAGCAGCAGUUCUGAGUCCGAGAUGGAGGAAGAGGAGGAAGAGGAGCCUCCUCUGCCCAACUCAGACCUGGGUGGCGUUCCUUGGAAGGAGGCUGUGAGGAUCCAUGCUCUUCUGAAAGGAAAGAGUGAAGAGGAACUAGAGGCCUCAAAGAGCUACGGGCCUGGGAACGAAGAGGAGGAGGAGGAAGAGUAUGAAGAGGAGGAGGAGGAGGAAGAAUAUGAGGAGGAGGAGGAAGAGUCUAGUGAAGUCGGGAGCCAGAGGCUACAGCAGAUCAUAAAUCCGGCCGACCCCUUGGAGAUCCAGGCUGAUGUGCACUGGACACAUAUUCGCGAGAAAGAGGAGGAGGAGCGAAUGGUACCAACCUCUGAGUCCUCCACUUCUAGAGUCCCAUUUGAUGAGAAUGACCUGGAGGAAGAUGUGGAUUCGGAGCCGGCAGAGAUAGAAGGGGAGGCAGCGGAGAAUGGGGACACAGGGGACACUGGUGCUGAGCUGGAUGAUGAUCAGCACUGGUCUGAUGAUAUCCCGUCAGAAGCCGAAACGGAGCUUCGCAUGCAGCAACAGGCAGUGGUGGAAGCGGAGCUGGAGCUGAGGGCAUCAGAAAGUGAGGAGGAGCAACCCGUCACCACACCAGGGCACCAGGAGAGAAGUCCCGCCCAAGUCCCCAGCCCUGCCCCGUCUCCUGAGGAGCAAGCCGGUCUGCUCUCCCCAGGCCACAGCCCUGUGGCAGAGGGAGCCCAAAUCCCACCUGUCUCUGUUGCUACCAAAGUGAAAUUGCCCGAGGAGAGCAUUUUCCCUGAACCUUUGCUCCCCAAAGUGAAGCCCAAAGCAGAAGUGCCCACUGACCAGAGAGCUGUGCGCUCUCCUAUCCGAUCGCAGCCAGUGGCUCUGCCGGAAGCCAGGACACCUACCUCCCCAGUUAGUUCACAGCGCCUGUCACCGUUGGCCACCUCCACCCCCACCACCACCCAGCUCCCCAUUUGCUCCCAGCCUCAGCCUUCCUCUGAGGCCACUAUCCCGUCCCCCACCAAGUCCCCCAUAUGCUUCCAGCCUGUUCCAGCCAAAACAUCCAUCCCCGUGGUUCCCCUCCCCUUGAAGAACCAAAGGGACACCAAGGAUAGACUGGGCAGCCCUCUCGCUGUGGAUGAGGCCCUGAAACGGAACGAUCUGGUGGCAGAGUUCUGGAUGAAGAGCGCCGAGAUUCGCCGCAGCCUCGGGCUCACACCUGUGGAUCGGAGCAAGGUGUCCGAGUCCAGCUUCCCCUCACCUGCCUUUAAACCAGUGUCCCUAAAAUCCUUUUCAGUUGAGAAGUCUCCUCAGGGUGAGGGGCUCCAGCUUCUAAAACCUCCACCUGUUCCUAAGAGGCUAGGCCUGCCGAAGUCGGAUGGUGACCAGCCCUCCCUGCCGACCCCCAAGUCCCCAUCUGACAGAGAGCUGAAAAGCUCCCAUGAGGAGAGAAGAGAUCUGUCGAGCAGCUCUGGGCUGGGCCUUCAUGGGAGCUCCUCCAACAUGAAAACCUUGGGCAGCCAGAGCUUCAACACCUCAGACUCCACCAUGCUCACUCCACCUUCAAGCCCACCUCCACCCCCACCCCAGGAUGAGGAGCCCGCAACUCUUCGAAGGAAGCCAUAUCAGAUUUAUGAGCAUAAGGAGACCAAGCCCAAGGCCUCGGUGAUCCCACCCCCACCACCUGCCUCCUUUAUGCGGGCCCCCCGAGAGCCUGCCCAGCCCCCUCGAGAGGACUUGCGGAAGUCGUUUGUGGAGAGUGUGGAUGAGAUCCCCUUUGCCGAUGACGUGGAGGAUACCUAUGAUGACAAGACGGAGGACGCGAGUCUACAGGAGAAGUUCUUCACACCCCCUUCCCACUGGCCCCACACAGAGAGGUCCCUCCACCCACCCCUAGCCAAGGAGAAUGGUAGGUUGCCUACUCUGGAGAGUGGGGUCCAACCACAGAAGAGGGGCCUGCCCGUGGUCUCUCCAGAAGCCAAGGAGCUGGCUGAGGAGCGCAUGCGAGCCAGGGAGAAGUCUGUGAAGAGCCAGGCAUUGAGAGACGCUAUGGCCAAGCAGCUGAGUAGGAUGAAGGAGAUGGAGAUGGCAGCUGGGACCUCCAGGCCCCCAGGAGGCACCUCCCGCAAAGCUUCCUCAGUUGCCUCCAAGGGCAAAGACCUCGGCCCCGAGUCCCCUAAACGCCCCGUUCUCAAAGGCCCCAGGGAGCCUACCCUGAAGCACGAAGCCACUAGUGAGGAGGUCCUCUCCCCUCCGUCGGACUCAGGGGGCCCCGAUGGUUCGGUCACCUCAUCUGAGGGCUCCAGUGGGAAGAGCAAGAAGAGAUCGUCACUCUUCUCCCCCCGCAGAAACAAGAAAGAGAAGAAGUCCAAAGGCGAGGGCCGGCCUCCAGAGAAGCCCAGCCCAAACCUCCUGGAGGAAGCCGCUGCCAAGCCCAAGUCCUUGUGGAAGUCCGUCUUUUCUGGGUACAAGAAGGACAAGAAGAAGAAGGGCGAUGACAAGUCCUGUUCCAGCACCCCUUCCAGUGGUGCCACUGUGGACUUGGGCAAGCACAGGAUGUCUCCCAUUGUGAGAGCAGAGCUGCAGCUGCGGCGCCAGUUGAGCUUCUCGGAGGACUCAGACCUCUCCAGUGACGACAUCCUUGAGAGGUCUUCCCAAAAGUCCAGGCGAGAGCCAAGAACUUACACAGAGGAGGAACUGAACGCCAAGCUGACCCGGCGUGUGCAGAAGGCAGCUCGGAGACAGGCCAAGCAAGAGGAACUGAAGCGGCUACACCGAGCCCAGAUUAUCCAGCGGCAGCUGGAGCAGGUGGAGGAGAAGCAGAGGCAACUGGAGGAACGAGGGGUUGCCGUGGAGAAGGCGCUCCGUGGUGAAGCAGGCAUGGGGAAGAAAGAUGACCCCAAGCUGAUGCAGGAGUGGUUCAAGUUGGUGCAAGAGAAAAAUGCCAUGGUGCGCUACGAGUCGGAGCUGAUGAUUUUUGCCCGGGAGCUGGAACUGGAAGACCGGCAGAGCCGACUACAGCAGGAACUUCGGGAGCGGAUGGCGGUGGAAGAUCACCUGAAAACUGAGGAGGAGUUGUCAGAGGAGAAGAAGAUCUUGAACGAGAUGCUGGAGGUGGUGGAGCAGAGAGACGCCCUCGUGGCCCUGCUUGAGGAACAGCGACUCCGGGAAAAAGAAGAAGACAAGGACCUGGAGGCUGUCAUGCUAUCCAAGGGCUUCAGCCUGAACUGGUCCUGAGCUCUACCUGUGCUCCGGCUGGCUGGUCUGUGGCAUCCACCUGACCCAGGCUGGGUUCUCCCAAACCACCCGGAUGAAAGAUCUCAGAAGGCCCGGCACCUCCUGGGAGUUGACACGCAAAUGUCUAUGUGCCUCUUGAAAAGUGGGUCAAGUGUCUGUGCUCUGGGGAACCCCAGGUGAAGAUGAUUAUCUGAGGUGGCUCAGCCUCCUUGGAAGAGGCCCACCCUGACUUCCUGCUCCAGAGAGAGGAAUACGGAGCAUUUGACAUGUGAUAUGGGAAAAAAGAAAACCCGCUCGCUCCCCAAGGACACGUGGUGGCUGGAGCUCCUCCUUCCACAAGAGGAGACAAGAGAAGGAAGCUGCCCCCUCUCCGUCAAAACCACAACCACUAGAGUGCACCUUCACGGAGCGGAAGGGACAGCGAUCUUCUUCAUGCUUCCUGAAGCACCACCAAAGAAACGAAGAAGACACCCCGGCGGGGGCAAGAUGUGACUCAAGCCCUGGGAGGGGGGCAGUGGCCAGCAGGUCAGUGCCUGCCCCAGUAUCGCAGGGGAAGCUGGAGAUGGGCUGGCUCCCGAAUUCAUGAUGCAAGUAAGGAGGACCCAGGAGGGGUCUGCUCCCUGGCCCCCUGCACCUCACACUGGACCCCUUGUGGCCAAAUGCCCUAGGCCUCCCUCUGGCUGUGACCCGAGGCCUGAGGAUUGCUGCAUUCUGCUUUGAAUUCACAACAAUUUUGACACUGGAAAUACUGACUUUGGGGGUCAGGAUGAGGCCCUACGUUUCUAGCCCCCAGUUGACAGACAGGCGUUGUUACUGUUCAGCGCUUCACGUCGGGGUGGGAGAUUAUCUUUUUCCCUGACCUUUUUCCUGUGUUUGCACAUUGAGAUGAAGCUGUCAGCCUAGCAAGACGCUCAGCCGCUUCGGACCCUUUUUGUCAGUUAACUUAUUUUUUUAAUACUUGAAGAGAAGUAACUUCAUUUUUAUAUCUUUACUAGAGACACUGAUCACUUGGCACCCGACGUAGGAGUGACAGGGGUAUCUGCCGUGUCCUCCUACAUGGUCCUAUCCCGAACUGACUGAACGCUGUUCCAGCCAUCUAUUUAUUAGCCUUCUUCAGAGUGUUGCUGACCCAGUUGGCAUCAGGGAGCAGCUGAGAACCCCACGUGGGUUCUUGGUCCUAGCUCUCCUGUCCCCUCCUGUAUUUGGCGUCCGGCCCCUCCUCCUUGACCCGGCCCACCCUCACUGUGGUACCAAACUUUGUGUCUGCACCAUUCAUUUGUCAGGGGUACAUUUCAGCACUGUUUGAGGCCAGGCCAAAGGGCACAGAUGCCACUCGCCUCUCCCUGUUGAACCCUGGCUCUGCAGAACCCAUUUAUUUUCUCCAUUUUGGUGCCAGGGUUUCACCUCCCCAUAGCACAUUUAUUAUUAAAGGUAAGCCCUUUUCCAGGCUGGCAUUGUAGGCUGGGACCUUGUAAUCCCUCUGGCUGAUGAGAAUUCUCUCAGCCCAGCCUCAGAUCCAACCCGAUAGAGAUGCAAGUGUUGGAAUUUAGGUUGGUCUCUCACAGUUAACUCUACCCCGAACCUCCUCUGCACCUCGAUCUUCAUGGGAAGGCACGGGAUAAUGAGCACCAUGUAACUGGCUCCUUGAGCCAAACUGCUCAUUUCUCACAGUUCAACUAGAGACUGGCAUUGUACAGCUCAUAGAGCCACAGUCGGAGAAAAUGUGGUAGGGAAUCCACAGAACUGACACACAGUCAGCGCAGGGAGGAUUCCUGUCCGAGCAAGGCCAAUCCGGAAGGGCCCUCCGGCAGACUCCUGGUGGAGAGGGGCCAGGGUAGGGCGAGCAGAGGCCUGGCAGCUCCUCAGAGUAGCCUUGAUCAGGUGUCCGUGCUGACCUUGGGACUUCUGUGGGGAGCCCCGCCAUGCCUCAGCUUGAACCUUCAUUCCUAGUACAAAGGAACAGGGAAAGUGUCUUGCUCUUCACUUUGUCCAUGAGCUGCCAUCUGUCUCCUGUGGAAGCGCAGGAGGUGUGCUGCUAACAACCGUCGCAGCUCCGACUCCUUCACUUCCUGUUCUCUGAUGAGGCGGAGUGUCCGUGUUUAUGCGCUUUCUUAAAAAGGCGAGAGGAGGGUGUUCUGGAUUCCCUCUUUAAACCUCACCCUUCCAGUAAAAUUGGACUUGAGACAGGCCCCUCAUCGCCUGUGUGGCCUUGUCCCUGACCCUCUUCGUCCCUCGAAUGCCACCGUAGCCAGCCCAGCCCCAGGAGAGCCACCUCCAUCCCUCCUGGCUCCUGCAAACCCUGGAGCAAGGCAGCGCUGUGCCAAGUGGUGGGCUCGGGACGUGACCGUAGCGACACGCUGUGAGUAGCCUCAUGUAGCGCGGGCGCCACACGGGACCUGUGCCCUCGUGGCCGGCCGGCCCGGUCAGCCUUUAACACCCCUGCGUCCUUCCGAAGCACACACUGCGGGCUGCGGUUGCUAGAAAGGGGACUGAAGACUUUGCAGAGAAGGUUCCAAAAUCCACAAGCCUCCAACACGUGCCCCGGUUCUCCACUCCCGACGCUGUUAGGACUUGCGGCUCUAGUAGUGCCCCUUUCUUUUAAAGCUCCCGUUUUAUAACCACUAGUUUGCAGUUUAUGUUAGUACCCUGGUGACAGGCUGCAUGAAAUGUUUUCCAACUCUGGAAAUGCAUGCAGCUCCAGGCAACUGUUCUUCCCGAGAUUUAAGUCCCCUUGAAGGCAGGGACACAGGAAAUGAAAUGCCAGAGCUUGAGUGAGCCCGAACACAAGGCCCACAGAGUGGGCAACCAGUUCCGCAUCACCAGAGGGAGGCAGCAGACACCUCCACUCCUGAGUCUGAGGGACUCCUUGUGGGGUUCUCACCCUGCUCGGGUGAUAUCUUUGGGCCUUUGCCCCCAGAAACCAUCCUCCAGUUGCUUUUGACCAGCAAUGAUGGACUAUUCUUUAUCCUCUGAAAAGAGAAGAAAGUUUUCAGUGGGGCAGGAGGUAGAAUUCAAAGAAAAACAGUUGUAAGGUGGUAAUAACUGAGCUGCAAAGGGGAAUGGGCCACUUUAUGCGCAAUAAAAGUUUUUCACAGAAAUACAGAGUGUAUUUCUUAAGUCAUUUUACCAAACUUGGCAGCGAG